AUGGAGACUGAAGAACAAAAGGGUGUUUGUGGUGAUAACAUGAAGACUGAAGAACAGAAGGGUGUUGGUGGUGAUAAUAUGGAGACUGAAGGACAGAAGGAUGUUGGUGGUGAUAACAUGAGGACUGAAGGACAGAAGGGUGUUGGUGGUGAUAACAUGAGGACUGAAGGACAGAAGGGUGUUGGUGGUGAUAACAUGGAGACUGAAGGACAAAAGGGUGUUGGUGGUGAUAAUAUGGAGACUGAAGGACAGAAGGGUGUUGGUGGUGAUAAUAUGGAGACUGAAGGACAGAAAGGUGUUGGUAGUGAUAAUAUGGAGACUGAAGGACAAAAGGUUUUUGAUGUAAAGGCAAUUGAAAACCUCGUCUUCAGUGGAGGAGGGGCGAAAGGUGUUGCAUAUGGUGGUGUUAUCGAGGUUCUAAAGGAGAAAAAUAUACUAAGCUACGUUAAGAGAUUUGCAGGAACCAGUGCCGGAUCCAUUGUUGCUGCGCUUCUUGCAAUGGGAUGCGAUGUGCAAAAAAUUCAACAGUUAAUGAAGACUAACUUUGAUGAUUUACUGAAAGAUUGUUGCUGUGGAUUAUGUACCUGUACGGAUGCUUGUUGCUGUGUUUUCUCCUGCUGCUGCUCUUGUUACCGAGGCUGUAUGGGUCGCAUUAAGUCCUACUUUCUCACAUGUUGUGGUAUCACCAAUCUGCUAUGCCAGUCGUCUUCGUGCAGGAAGUCCUCAUUUGGAAUGUAUACUGGGAAAAAAUUCAAAACAUGGAUAGGAAAUCGAUUUAAGGAGCUUCGUUUCAAGGAGACAGUAACGUUUAAGGAGUUGUAUGAACAUGAAAAAAAAUAUAAAGAGUUGUGCAUAGUUGUGACCAACAUCAGCACACAGAUAGAGGAAUACUGUCACGUGAAGACAACACCAGAUAUGGAGAUCAGGCAAGCUAUCAGAAUGUCUAUGUCCAUUCCAGUGGUUUUUGAAGAAGUACGGAUGAUAAACGUUUGUUCUGGUAGGGAAGCAGCAUAUGUUGAUGGAGGAUUGCUGUGCAACUAUCCAGUCUUCUGCUUUGAUGGCUGGUGGCUUUCAAUGAAACCUGAACAUUCCUUCUUUAGAAAGUUGACAAAUAUUGCAUCGAAGUCAGAUAUUUACAAAGAAAGGUUUAAAGCUGAUAAAGACGGUCCCCUGUGUAAAACACUUGGCUUUGUAUUGUUUUUAAGGCAAUCAGUUAUAAAACAAAACACAACUGAAAUUGAAGAAAGAAGUAAUGAAACAGAACCUUUGACGGAUUCAGAAAAAUCUUUGGAUAAAGAGUUUGCCAACAUUGAUUCCAAACUUAAAAGAAAAUUUGUGUCCCUAAAUAAAGGCAGUAUUGAAACAAUGGAAGACAACUUAACCCUCUUUCUAGAGUUUGUUGAGACUAAGGAGAAGGAGGGAAAAUUAAAUAAGUCAGCCUUCAUUGACGGACUACAAAAGGUAGAAUUUAAAAAACAUAAUGGAAAUGUUUUUGGGGCUUUAUUUGGAUCCAAAGCAACUCCCGGAGAUGUUUGGAAGGAUUUAACACACAACAAAAGUGAAAGUGAAAACUUGGAAUUCACGGAUAUAAGUCGGUUCAUUACAAAGAGGACGGGAUACAGCAUUGAUCAAUGGUACAGUGGUUUCUCUUAUACACCUUCUGGGACAACGAAAGAGUUCUUCAGCUCCCUAACAAGUACAAUGAUUACAAAUUCAAGCCGGAUCAAUCUGAAGUUCACAGAUGUAGACCGAACGGUCGGAAUAAACACAAAACACAUCACGGCUCUCGAUUUUAACAUGGAAGAGGCUGACAAAGAUUUUCUGAUAAAGUGUGGAAAACAAGCGAUGAACGAUUUUUUGGAAACCUAUAAAAAAGAACAUAGGACUGUUGAAAACAGCCUCAGUUGCCACUGUUUUCCUUGGCAUCUUUAAUUCGUGCCUGUAUAAUUUCUAUCUUGAUAUUUUGGGAUGAAAGUGAUUGAUCGUCCUGAGAAUAAAAUUAAAUAUUUCGUAAUCAUUAUUGCUAAAUUAUACGAAUUUUUUAAUAAAGCAAAUUUGACGUUUGGUCACAUAAGGUUCCUCCAUUUUUCUAAUAGCAUAAAUUUUAUUCAUUUACUCACUGAAGUGAUUUUGCUAUCGUUGAUUUUUCUCUCGAAAUCACUAAUUAAGAUGUC